AUGAUAUUUUCACUAUAAUUUUAGUUUAUCUGAGUCUGAGACUGCGCUGCUGUCGCUGGAGCUACAAACACUGAGACAAGUGUCCAGCUUUAAUACUGAAGAGCAGAGGGGGAAAGUGCAGUCUGUGAGUUUACUGAACUGCUGUUAUACGUAGGGGCUGUGCACUUUAACCAGCUGUGAAUGGCAUUUGCCCUGAGUGGAAUAGUCUGAGAAGAACAUUGGAAAGUGAAUGUAGUCUCAUAAGCAACAACUCUACAAUAAAAAUAUGGAUUUGAGCACUUCUUCAAGACCUCCAGUUGGGAGGAGAAUGAAGGCCAAGGCACCCCCUCCGCCCCCAGCUCCUCAGCCUGCCCCUCGCAAGAUCUUCCGCAAUGCUGUCCCCGAUGGAGGAGGGUCUCCAGGAGGAGACACCAAGGAGAACAUGCUGCGGCCUAUGGUGGACCUCCAUAUUACCUUGCCUGAUGCCUACCAGACCACGGUCACUGUGGACGGCAGGAAAGCUCUGAUGGAUCUGCUGGUGGAUUUGUGCAGUCAGUACCACCUGAACCCAGCUUACCACACUCUGGAGCUGCUGUCUCCUGAAGCACAUCCUGUGGCCUUUAAGCCAAACGCCCUGCUGGGUGCACUGGAUGUGUCCUGUGCUCUGAUCAAAGCGAGAGUGACUGAGGAGCGAGUGGUCAAGAAACCGCCACCCAGAGUGCCAGAGAAAUCAGUGCGUCUAGUGGUCAACUAUCACCGAGGUCAAAAGGCAGUAGUGAGAGUGAACCCCCUGGUGCCACUGCAGAACCUUGUACCGGUCAUCUGCCAGAAGUGCGAGUUCGACCCGGCCCACGUGCUUCUGCUCAAGGACAGCAUCAGCAGCCACGAGCUAGACCUGCACAAGUCCCUGUCUGAGCUAGAAAUCCGCGAACUCUAUGUGCUGGACCAGACACUGGUUUUCCAACAUAAAGUGGCUUCAGCUCCUGUUCUUAACUACUCAGCAGAGUCUAUCCGCUCCAACACUCCAAGUACCAGUGGUGGGGAGAAGAAAGGGCUUCUGGGAUUCUUCAAGUUUAACCGGAGGAAAUCUAAGACAGAGGAGCAGAGUGCUGAAGACAUGGAUGAACUUGAUGAUAGUGUUAUGCAAAAUACAGGCACUUAUGAGAAUGGUUUGUCUGUGGUCGUGGGUCCCUGUGUGGAGGUGCGGCCCAACACUCUGGGUCAGUCUCAGUCGGCCAUGAACCUGUCCAGAUUGUCUCCUAAGUUCGAGCCCAAGAAGCGGAGAGCUCCUGCUCCUCCCCCUCCCUCAGCUCACACACACACAGCUGCCCUGGUCUCACAGGCAAAGCCAGGAUCCCCACGCCUGGACAGCCAGAUGAAGAAGCGCAAAGCACCAGCUCCGCCACCCACCCCGGCCCCCAGCACCCCUGAGCUGACACUCACCUACCCUCCUGCCAUAGUCCACGUCCCAGCUCCGGCUUCAGCUCUGUCCAGGACCUCCGAACCAACCCAGGUCCUCAGCUCCACACUAGUGGCUGACGACUCUCUGUCUGACCUUAGCCACAGUAUUGAGGACUCUGAACCCGUUGGCUCUGUCUGCAGCAGUUCCAGCGAUGAUGCUGCUGCCGAAUCUGCCUCCAGCAGCAGCCUGGCUGAGGAGCCCAUGCCCGAACCGGUCUACGUGAGAGCGGCGAGAUUUACUCCAGUGCCAGUACCAAAACCAGAACCAGAGCAGGAACAGAAGCAGGAAAAAGAACAAGAACCACAUCCACAGCCUACUCCUAGAAACAUUGUUAAACAAGAGCCAGGCCCAAGUUCUACAGUGGAGGAGACCGAGGACACAGAAUCAGUCCUAGAGCUUAAGAUGGAGGAAGUGGAGAACAACCGUCACAGUGCAAUAGGGUCUGAGAGUAACGUGCCGCUCAAACCCAGGCGGAGUCCUUUACAGAAGCAGACAGAGCUGACCAGCUCCUAUCCCCCCUUCAGCCCUCCCCCUCCUAUUGGACAAGACCUCCAGCAGACCUCAGAGGACGUCCAUAUAGAGACAGCACCUCACUCCUGGCUACAUUCAGUGGAGCCGAAAGUGGAGCAGGAGGUAGAGACGGUCUCCAUGUGCAGCAGCGAGAGCUUGGCGGAUCAGGGCUACGCUGCAUCAGAGGGUAUGGCUGAUGACUCGGGCCUUCUGAGCUCUCCAUCUGACCUGACUCAGCCCACCUCCCCAGAGGACAACAUCUCCCUGACCCAUGACCCCUCGCCCAGCCCCAGCCACCAGCCCAAAGACUGCUCCAGCGACAGCGACGAGGGCUGCGCCACCUGGGGCUCACGCCACAGUGGAGGGGCACGACAAGGGAAUGAGACAGACAGGAGAAAGCACAACUAUGAAGAGGAGGCAAAGAUUACUGCCGAAAUCAACCUUACCUUGGCCGAUCUGGAUGCUGAUCUAGCAGAAGCGAAUCACUCUGACGAGGCACCUGCAUGCACGGAUGACGAAAUCCCUGUGUCGGUGGUUGAUGUGGACAUUCCAGUUACCACCAUUGAUGAAGUCCUUGAAGAUCUGACCAGCCGGAGACCUCAUGGAACAGGGCGUGGUACUGAGGGUGAAAGCAGGAAAAAACAGGACGUCACUGAUAGCUCAAAUAAGCUGAGUGUGGACGUCCAAAACAAAAACAACAAUGCUCGUGUGGCAGACAAAACGAUGCUUAGUCAAACCCAAACAAAUCACAUUGAGAUCCCAGAAAAGGUGAUUGUGAGCCCUGUUGUUAUAACCAAAGCUCAGCCAGAGAAACCUGAGGUUGUGAGCUGCAGUGUUCAGCAGAGGUCUCAAAGUCCUGCUGUUCAGAGUGUUUCAGAGAACAGACUCAAGCCUCCACCCUUAGUGCGGAGCUACAGCUUGGAAAAUCCUGAAAUGCAGAGAGCUUUGUCUUCUAAACCACCCACAGCAGCUCAGAUUAAGAUCACCCAGAGCCCUGUGUCAAAAUUUGGCUUGAAGACCUUCACGGUCAUUCCUCCUAAACCAGCCGUGUCCCACACUCAUAAACCAGCAGGAACCCUUAGUACAGGCGCCAUUAAGAUUGACGAGUUUGGUAACAUGGUCAAACAGCGAGCAGCUAGGCCAGCCUCAGUCCAAGACAAAUGUGAUCACACUGAUGAUGCAACUAAUGACCCAGCUUCUCCACUCCUGGGCAAAGCCAAGGCCUUCUGGAGUUCAGCUGAGAAGCAGGAUGCAAGUUCCACAGCCAACAAAGAAUCUCCUGUGAGGAUACAAGAAGCUGAAGUGCCUAAACCUGUCCCUGUUCCUGUAACAGUCAUUUCUCAACAGCCUCCAGAGAAACCGAGUGUUGACCAAGUGGAAAAGCUGAAAGAGGCCAACGGGUCAACAAACCACUCGGUCUCUGCAGCGAUGAACAAGCUUCCUGCCUCAGAUCCUAUAGAAACCACCUCUUUCUCAGAGCAGAGGAAAAAUCUUUUCUUCCUCAAGCCUUCCAGAAGAACCUCAAGCCAAUAUGUGGCCUCGGCUAUUGCUAAAUACACCAGCAUUCCCUCAACCAAGACAAAUGGUCUUCAGGAACUGCCAGAAUCAACAACUGCUGGACAAAGGCAACUUUCUAAGCAAAACUUUAAACCAGAGGUAAGAUCCAACUAUAAGGAUCCACAUACCUCCACAAAUGCACCCACAAAUCCAGUGCCUUACUUUGCUGGACCCAAACGUUCACAAAGCUACCCCAAUCACAAUGUAGAGGAUCAGGCAGACUCUGAGGAACCUCAGUUUACUGGGACAAGCAGAAGUACCCGGACCUUUGGAGCAGCAACCUCUAAAUCCUUGGACUCCAGUCCAGUAAAUGCCAAGCUUCAAGAGCAAGUAAAAGCUUCUACAUUCACAGAGUCUGUGCAGGUUUCUUCAAAAGAGUACACAUCCACAAAAAAUGCCCCAGAAACCUCUUCACCCACAAAAAGUCCUAAUGCUACAAAUGCUAUUCGUCCACCCAUAGCAAAGAAACCAGACAUGCACAGUCCAGGUGUUCUGCCCGAACCGAACCAGGUUAGCAUAUUUGGGCCGGUGAAGAAGUUUAAGCCCGUGAUGCUGAAAUCCGUCGAGAAGGAGACAUCUCUUCACAGUUCACUGAUGGAGGCCAUUCAGUCUGGAGAGGGAGCUGAACGUCUCAAAAAGGUAUCUGGGACUUCUUUGACAGCUACCACGAAGAAGCCAUCCUUUGUGGAGACUGAGAAUGAGCGUUCUGCACUUCUAUCAGCCAUCAGAGCUCAAAGUAACUCUACAAGACUGAAGAAGACUAAAUCGGAGGCGGCUGCAGAACUGGAGCAGUUCAGGAAGGUAGAGGAGGACCAGUCCGCCCAGAAACACGUCCCUUGCCCAAGCUCUCCUGAGCCCCCUGCAUUUAUACCUCCUCCACCGCCUGUAUUUGCUCCUCCACCUCCUCCUCCACCACCCUCAGCCCCGUCCAAGCCUGCGGUAGUGCUGCCUGCAGGUGGGAACCCAGAGCUGGCCAGAGAAGCACUGCUGGAGGCCAUCCGCACUGGUGCUGGAGCUGAACGGCUUAGGAAGGUCCCGGCCUCAGUAAAAACCCUGCAAGUGAAUGGGAGGCUGGGCAUCAUAAAGCCUUCAUCAUCAUUUUCUCAAGAACACUAAGAAGCACUUCUGGUCAGCUUUUCUGUUUCAGAAAUUCAAAUAGCCAAAUUUCACACUUUAUCAAGUUAACUCUUUGAAGCUGAUUAUAGCUCUUGUGAUUAGGGUUAAAGUUUUGUUAAUAGUCAUAUGCUGCUUUCAGUCGGUGCCAAUACUUUUUUUUAGUUUGCUUUCUUUUAAGCAAGAUUAUUUUAUGUAUAUUUUGCUGUUUAAAUGUAUGUAUCUGCUACAUAUAUCACUCUUAAUUAAUCUAUCUGCUUCCUUUUCAUCUGCCAGUAUUUUCCUGAAGAAUUCACAUGUAUUUAUUUUCUGUUUCAACUCACGGUUAUAAGGUUCAUGUUCAUCUUUUGUGUUUUGUGUCAUUUGGAUCCAUUUCUUUUAAUUGACCUAAUUUGACACUAAUCAGACUCUGAGAAGUUCUUUUGAUGUACGUUUUUGGUGAAAGGCAUCAUCAUAGCCUUUUUAUAGAGGAUGAAUGAUAUUUUCUGAUUUAUGUAUAGACUACAGCAUAUCAGCAAACCGAUCUUCUCAGACUUCAAUUACUGUAGCAAACACUUACUGUCUAAUACUUGAUUAUACAUAGAGUUAUUGAUCAAUGCUGUUCAAUACCAGUUGAAUCAUUUUCAUCAUGCUGCUAAAAAGAAUUAACUUUUGCUAAGACUUAUGUUUGCCAUUUUGGGAAAAAAAGAGAAAAGAAAUCAAAAGCUACGACACAUAGAUUUGUUAAUAUAUACACUAAGUUAUAAACCCUCUGAUCAUUUGUUCAGUUUAAUGGACUGUAUGACAGAACCUACAGAGGAUCUAGACAGGUCCAGAGUUUUGAUUUAUCAGCUGUUCAUAUAUAUAUUUAUAUAUGAAUGUGAUGGAUAAAGGUAAGAGUGGACUUUUUUUUUUUUGAGCAUUGUAAAUUUGGAUAAAAAUGGAUGCCACGAUAUUGGUGGAAAGAUUUUUUUAUUUUUUGCUUUUUUAUGUACAGUGCACAAUAUUUUUUGAAGGAUUGCACAGCAAUUGAAAUCCCAUUUUUAAUCAAUAAACUAUUUUGUAAUCCUU